CAGACCAAACUAUUGGUCCACGCACAUUGAUUGCAUUGGCUUACACUUAAACUCUUGCACAAACACACAGACACAUGUACUAUGUUUAUUUUCCAAUCUCCAAAAUAGAACAAUCGAAAAAGGUACGAAAACGCGCUGAACUAAACCAACGUUGUAACUAAAAAGGUUCACUCGUACUUUGGUUUUCAUUUCUUGAUCGACAAGAACCCAUACCCACUUAUUCAGGAUUAUGUUUUUCUUAAUUUCACAACCAUAGUACUUUGUUUUUUUCUUUCUUUCUAUUCAUUCAACCUUAUACCUGUCCUUUCUUUCUUUUCUAUAAUCUUCUUCCACCAUAUUUUCUGCUUUGUUCUUCUUAACACGACACUUCUGUCUCCUAUAUCUCACUCUCAACUCUUAACCUUCUCUUCAUCAAAAUUACAAGAAUUUGUGAGUGGUUAGUAAAUGAUGGAGCAAAGAAAUGAAAGUGAUAUGUUUCAACAUUGGAGAAAAGGAUCAUGGCAAUGGCAAGGGUUAGAGUUAGAGGAUAUGAAAGAAAAUGAUGAACUAAACAAAUUAAUGUUGUCUUUGCCAGAAAUUCCUGAGCCACCAACACCUCUUGAGCCUAUGGAGUUCUUGUCUAGAUCCUGGAGUCUUUCUGCUUCUGAGAUUUCAAAGGCCCUUACUGAGAAACAUAAACAAUCUUUUCUUGAUAAGACUCAUGAGACAUUGCCGGAAGCGAUUCCUGCGCCUCAAUUAACGCCAGGAAAGCUCAUACCAUUUACUAAUUGUCGAAUGGGUACUAUUGGAAAAUGGUUACACUUACAUCAGAAGCAGCAUGGGAAUGCAAACACUUCUGUUAAGAAGAAAGAUCGAGCACGUGUAGAGAAUGCGCACGUGCAUUCCGCACUAUCAAUUGCCGGACUAGCCUCCGCGUUGGCUUCUGUGGUUGCUAGUAGUGACAAUCACUCUAAAUUGGAUGUUGCUAUGGCUUCAGCCACACAGCUCUUAGCAUCUUAUUGUGUUGAAAUGGCGGAGUUAGCAGGUGCUGAUCAUGACCGUGUCGCUUCUACUGUUAAGUCUGCGGUCGAUAUUCAAACGCCAGGUGAUCUAAUGACUCUUACUGCUGCAGCUGCAACAGCUUUGAGAGGAGAAGCAGCUUUGAGAGCAAGAUUUCCAAAAGAAGCAAAGAAAAAUGCAUCAAUAAGUCCCUAUGAUAGAGGAAUAGCAGAAACACAUUGUUCUCCUGCUUCUGAGUGUCAGAUGUUUGAUGAGAACCAUUCUCCAUGUGAGGGAGAUUUGUUGCAGGUUACAGAAAAAGGGGCAUUACGAUGGAAACACGUGGCUGUUUACAUCAACAUGAAAUAUCAGGUCAAAAUUAAGAUCAAAAGCAAGCACAUUGGAGGAGCUUUCUCCAAAAAGCAUAAAUGUGUGGUUUAUGGAGUGUGUAAUGAAGAUUCUGCAUGGCCAUACAGAAAAGAAAGGGAAGCUUCUGAAGAUCUCUAUUUUGGCCUCAAAACUGCACAAGGUCUUCUAGAAUUUAAGUGUGAGAGCAAACUCCACAAGCAAAAAUGGGUUGAUGGAAUAGAAUUUCUACUUGGUCGAGUCAACUCUGCUGAAACAACCGAAAAUCUAUGAAUUUUUUAAAUAUUAGUAGCAGUUAUUGAUUUGUUUGGAUUUUGUAUAUGUCUCAAUAGAGUAGGACAUAUAAAAUUUUGUCAAACAAUGAAACUCAUAAGAACGUUAUAUUAUACCUCUACCAUACAAAAUGUAAUCACAAAAAUGAAAUAAUGUUCAAUACUGGAGCUGCUUAUGGCCAUGUUUGUUAAUGCUUAAUAGUGUUACCACA